GUAAAUAAAACAGGUAUAUUUUUUCAGAAUCCAUCAGAACUCGGAAACCACAGAUUUUGCUUUGUGCUUUGAAGAUAAGUCAUCAAACAGACCAACCACAGAUGUCUCGAUCAACGGAGAUGUUGUACCUUUCCGAGCUUCUCCCUGACAACGUCAUAUUCGACAUCCUGAUUCGGCUGCCAGUGAAAUCCUUAAUCCGAUUCAGGUGCGUUUCUCAAUCUUGGAACUCCACUAUCACAAACCCCAUUUUCAUUACCAAACACCUCGAUCUAGCAAGUUCAUUAUCCGACAUCAACAACAAUGGAGUCAUUUAGUGGCUCUGAUUCUGGACCCAAUGGAUCAGUUGAUCGGGUAUAUUUCCCAACCCGAUUAUGUUUUAACGGAGCUUUGCAUUUUAUAGCAUUUUCAGUUGACCAUAAGUUCAUCUUGUCCUUCGACAUCAAUGAUGAGAGAUUCCGUGAGAUAUUGCUGCCUCAAAAUUACUUAGAAGGAAUUGUAAAGCAUUUUGAACGCCUUGCAAUGUUCAAGGGAUCGUUGGCUUUGAUUGUUUUUGGUGAAGAUCUAGUUGAGAUGAGUGACAUAUGCCACAUAUGGGUGAUGAAGGAGUAUGGUGUGGUUGAGUCUUGGGCUAGAAAAAGUGUACCGAUGAAACAGGUUGCAGAGUUCUUUAGCUGCACCAUCAAUGGGGAACUUUUGGUCGAAAGGUUUACCCCCUAUCAGAGCUUUUUAUUUGACCCAGAUAGUUUAAAUGAGGAAAUUCUAAAUAUUCCAAUGCCUGAAUGUAUGAUUUACACCUAAUUUUGUGGAGAGUUUAGUUUUACUUGACAGGUGAACAGCUCUUCCAAAUGCGAAAAUUAGCAAGUUAGGGUUUCUAGCAAGGUAGACCACUUUUUGAAAUUCAUAUGGAAAAUUCAUUAAGCUGUCAGAAAUUUAUGUUUAUUUUUAAUGUACUUUUGAAUAAAUGAAUCCAGCAUGUUGUGUUUU